CGACAUGCCACUCUUUUUCGGCCGCCGCCACUCCAUCUCGGGCGGCACGCAGCCCGAAGAAGACGGAAUAGUGAGAGACCGCGCGCGGAGACGCACCUCGCUGCCCGAUUUCCGCAGCGUGAGGCGAGGAUCAGGCUUGUUCCAGGGUCUGCUGCGCCGGCCGUCGAAGGUUUCUGCGUCUGCGCCGCCGUCGCCGCCUCCUGAGAAGGAGGAGCCUCCUUUGAAACGUUCGAAUUCAGCACCGAAAAUCCCAGCAAUCACAGUACCACCAGGCGUGGUCCCCUCGCCACCGCCUAGUCCCCGAGAGGGCAUCAUCCAGGCGGAGGUUCAGCGCGAGCCGAAGCGUCGAGCAGGGGAGUAUCACCGCGUGACAUCUAUUGACACUGUGCUUGGACGAGAUGACAUCGAGCAUAUAUUCUCCGGGGCGCCGUAUUUCCUGCUCGAGAAGGGCAAGUAUCGCCAGUACUACCCGAUCGUGAUCUUCCCGCUCGACGACCACGACUCGACGAUCCAGAACCUCUGGGACAGACAGCUUCUGCCGCAUGCAACCUACACGCUGUGCACGCUGCACGCGCACCUGCCCGUGCCCGAGGGAUGGGUCAACGAAGGCGAGACGUCCGUGCAGCUGACGCGGUGGACGAAGGUGAAGGCGCCGAAGCGGGCGACGUUCGACGUGGGGCUGUUCGAGGUGCCGAACAUGCUGACCAUGAACGGGAUCGAGCCGGGCACUGUGGGGUUCAGCCACUUCCUGGAGAUCCCUGUUGGAGACGCGGCGGUUUUCAACCCGCAGGCGAAGACCGGUCAGCAGAAUGGGUGGCUGCGGCUGACGAACUUGAGUGCUGUUGAGGCGUACGAGCUGAUGGAGCAUCAUGGGGAGCCGUAUGCGCAGUGCAAGGACGGGACGAACCAUGAUCGGAAGCAGCUGUUGCAUAAUGGGCCGAGCGCGUGGAAGCGGAUUGGGGUAAGGGAUAUCGAGCUCCAGGCGCUUGUGAACAGGUUGCAGUUUUUGAAGGAGCUGCGCAAUGAUAUCCUGCAUAAGGAGGGGAAUGCGGCGGGGACGAUUCUAGAUGUGGAGAGCGCGGGCCAGUUGUAUACGGGGUUGUUUACGAAGUUCCUGUUUCCGCCGUCGCGGUUUAUGACCGUGGGAGUGGACGAGCCGCGCGGGCUGAAGGCGCAGAUCAAGGCGAUUACCACGGUACUGGCGACGCCGGGGGCGUGGUUUGAUUUUUGCUAUGUGGACUGGCGACUGCAUGCCGGGCAGCUGCUGUGGGAGUCGGCGCCGCACGCAGACGGCGACUUCUUCGACUCGUCGCAGAGUGACCGGCCGUGGGUGUUCCCGUCGCUGGAGCGCAAGUGGUUCCUCAUCCAGAUGCUGCUGUCGGCGGAGCUGCUGCUCCGACUGGACGCGAGCGUGCGCGUGGGGUUCCUCCGUCGCAGCGGCGGGCUGAGCAUUUCCGCCCGCGACGUGCAGAACUUCGACCAGCUGCGGACGAAGAAGGUCGACUGGGACCUGGUGGUCGCGCGGCGGUUCAUGGACAGUUUUGAUUUCAGCUACGGCGUUAUCGAGGCUGGCGAGGUCCCGCGGAAGAAGCAGCAGCAGCAGCAGCAGCAGCAGCCUGGCGUGCGGUCGACGCAGCAAAAGGCCGCCGCGAAGCGCCGCCACCUGGCGUUCUUAGAGAGUCUGCGACACAGGCCGUCGACUCCGACGCCGCCGUCAACGAACCAAGAUAACACCGAGUCGGCGUGGAAAUGCAACCUGAUCCCAGGCCGCGUCGACCAGCAGCUGGUCGGGCUGUACGUGUUCGCGGAGAUGAUCGGCUGGCCGCAGAUGGACGACCUGAAGAAGCGUCUGCGGUUCAACCUCGGCGAGGGCGAGCUCAGCCAGCAGACGCUGGACGCCUUCUGCCGACCGGUGCACAACGCCCCGCCGGAGGACGUGGCGGCGACCCUCAAACCAAGCGACAUGUACACGCGCACGCGGUCCUACCGGCCUCUUCUCCUCCAGACCCCGGGGAACGAGAGCCCCGGCUCCAGCACCGUCGGCGGUGUUAGAGAACACCCCCGACGCAAUGGCCAAGCUGGGCCCGCUAGCGAACCUGCACGGCGGAUUCGCCUACAACGGCCGCAGCUGGUGGAGCAAGGAGUGCGUGAUCGGACGCGUGCUGGCCCCCUCCCCGCCACCAAACACUGCCUCGCGUGGAUGGGCUGCGCCAUCCUCCCGCUGCACACCAACACGGGCGACCGUCUCGACGACACCUGGCUGGAAGUCGACACGCUCGAGCCGCCCGCCAUGCAGGGCACAGCGCGCAUCAAAGCCGGCCAGCGGCUGUCGAUCGACUCCUCGCCCUUCGGCAUGGGCGGCCUCACCAGCGGGACGUUCUCGCUGCCGAAGGACCCCCCGCUGGAGCAAGCCGCGCGGGUGCAGAUCGACUUCGACGACCUCACGCUCACGGACCUGCCGUCAGCGCUGCAGUCCACCAGCGAGCACCGCGCGAGCUCCAAGCGCGCAACGAUGUCAUUCAGCCUGGCGACGGAGUCCGAAGACUCGCACCAGUUCUCGGAGCCCAGCAUCGUGCAGUUCCCGCUCAAGUACAACGUGCGGUUCGUCUCCAGCCACGAGUGUCGCACGCCGGCGGGGUUCAUCUCGUACCAGAGCGAGCAGGGCCAGCAGCCGCAGCUACGCCACCACCGACGACUGCCGGGCCACCCGCUGCAUCGCAGCUUCUCGUACCGCACGGUGGGGCUGGAUGGGCUGCCGGGCCCGCACGCGCCGGGGACGUCGUUCGCGCAGAGCAUUGGGCUCAGCCAUGAGGAGGUGGUGGUUGUGGAUGCGCGGGGGAGUCGCGAGAAGGAGACAUUUGCGCGAGCAUGGUGCGCGGCGGUUGGGUACCAUGCGAUUGUGGGACGGGUUGGGCGGACUUGUGUGGCGUGUUGUGUGCGCGAGGCGCGGGCGUUUGAAUGCAUCCGUAGAGAUAUGGUUCAGUCAUACCGAAACCCGUCCUCUAGACUACGGGGACUCCGUCUUAUGCUACAGCCGAUAUAG